AUGGCGUCCGACACACAAAUCACGGGCGUCGGCUUAGAUGCCUCCAGCGAGAAGAAAAUGAACGGCGAUUUGGAGAGCAAUAUCGACGCCAACAGUACCCGCAUUGAACCGGCAUCCAUCCGAGGCGCGGGGGAGACAGACAACGAGGGCGCUGUGGAAAUCAACUACCACACGCUCACCUGGUGGCAAGCCGGCGUCGUUUUAGUCGCCGAGACCGUCUCCCUCGGUAUCCUCUCCCUGCCCGGUGUCGUUGCCAACCUCGGCUUGGCCCCUGGUAUUGUCGUCAUCUUGAUCAUGGGUGCCUUUUCCACCUACUCUGGUCUUGUCAUGGGCGAGUUUCGUCGGCAAUACCCCUGGGUCCAGAGCUUUGGCGACGCGGGCGAGAUUAUCGGCCGGUCCAUUGGAAUGGGCAAGGUCUUCCAGGAGUUGUUUGGUUGGGCGCAGACCAUCUUCCAGAUCUUCGUCAUGGGCAGCCACUUGUUAACCUGGACCAUCUGCCUCAACACCCUCACCAGCAGCGCAGCCUGUACCAUCAUUUGGGGCGUCAUCGGCCUUGGCGUCUUCUGGCUUCUGAACACGCCACGAACCCUCCGCGCGGCCGGCUACUACUCAUUCGCCUCUUUCGCCUCCAUCUUCACCGCGGUCAUGGUCACCAUGAUCGAUGUCGGCAUCGAAAAACCGAUCGGCUCGACCGCCGUUGAGGUGUCACGCACUAUCGGGUUCUCAUCAGCCUUCCUGUCCGUCACCAACAUCGCCGUCGCCUUCAGCGGACAUUCAUGCUUUUUCACCGUCAUGUCCGAGUUCAAAAACCCAUCCGACUGGCCCAAGGCCCUGUUCCUACUACAAAUCUGCGACACCGUCCUCUACCUGGUCGUCUCCAUCGUCAUCUAUAUCUACGUCGGCCCAGAUGUGCCUUCACCCGCGCUCUCCGCCGCCGGCUCCACUGUUGUCCGCAAGGUCAUCUGGGGUUUGGCCAUCCCGACUAUCGUCAUUGCCGGCGUCAUCUACGGUCACGUCGCGGCCAAGUACAUCUUCGUCCGCGUUUUUGCCAACACCAAGCACCUCGCCACCCGCACCACCCUCGGUCGUUUCGGCUGGCUCGGUAUCACCGCCGCCAUCUGGACUCUCGCCUGGAUUAUCGCCGAGUCCAUUCCCGUCUUCAGCAACCUGCUUGGUUUGGUGGCGGCUCUCUUCGCCAGCUGGUUCUCAUAUGGCAUCCCGGGCAUGUUGUGGUUGUGGAUGCACUACGGCAACUGGUUUUCGAGCCCGAAGAAAGUUGUUUACUUCUCGCUCAAUGCCAUGUUAGUGUUGAUUGGCGUGGUACUAUGUGCUUUGGGCCUGUGGAGUACGGGCGAGGCGAUCGCGAAAGAUUCGGGGACAACGCCGUGGUCAUGCAAAAGCAACGCUGCUUAG